CUAGUCACCCCGCAGCCGGCGUAUCCGAGUGCGUGUUUCAUUGAGCUGGAAUAAGCUUCGACAAUCAGUGAUUGAUAAAGCUAAGGACCGGCAGGUAUUUCUUUACUGCAGCUUAAUUGUGCUAAGGCUGUUUCUUUCAUCGCAAUUUCGGUCAAUUCUCACCCCAAACUUGCAUUUGCUGCCCUGCACGACACUUGCCAUUGCGACGCGAAAACCUCAGACGCGAAAACACAAUCACCUCAUCCAUUGAAGAAUCACGGGGCCUUCUUAUCGCGAACUGGAUCUGACAACUGGAACAUCAUGGCCUCUCAACGGGUCACAAUCAAGGGCUCUGCCGCAGUCCCAGGCAUCUACCGACUCAUCAUCAUGACCCUUGAGCCGAUCUUCGCGCUGCUCGGCGCCGUCAUGGUGCUUCACACACCGAAUCAAUAUCUCGCGGGAAUGACGCGCAACGCCUUCGCAUACGAGCCCAACACGCAGUUCAUCUACACGCAGCUUGGCGGCGGAUGGCUGCAUUUCGCAUUCACCGAGGGCGUGGUCAUGCGGGUUUUCGACGACCUCACCCUCUGGCGCGUUCUCUGCGCGGGCAUGCUUCUGAGCGAUGCUGCUUUCUGCCACGGUACUGCGCAAGCCGUCGGAGGCUGGGAGAUUUGGCUGGAUAGAUCUACGUGGACUGUCGAGGACUAUGUUGCUUUCUUCACGACUGCGCCAAUGGUUUUAAUUCGGAUCCUGAUUGUCCUGGGUAUCGGUAUUAGCACACCGAAGGAGGCAAAGGGCAAGGAGAACGAGAAGCAGCUUUAGGGAGACUUGGACAGGGUACUCUGAAGUCUAUGGGGCGAUGCCGCUGGGCAUACUUGCUGUGGAGUAACUAUGCACUUCUACCUUCAGGGUAUGUAAAUUCUACAUCUAAGAACGCAAUUUGUUGGAC